AAAAGUGACAAGAAAUAGAAAGGGUUAUUAUUUAUGUCAACACGGAAUUUUUAAAUGUGCACUAGGCUGCUAGUUUAUGUGUACACAUAAUUAUGACUGCUUCAAGAGCUAUACGUGGCACGAAAGUGAAAUUAUUGUUUAUAUUUUGUGUGGUUUUUAUUUUAGCGGGCAUUUUCACAGGAGUGCACAAUAUUUUAGUUCAACUGGUUGAAUUAAAGGAAUCAAAUGCGAUUUGCCACCAGCAAGAAGAAAAUUUAUCGACACAAUUACAAGUCAUUAGUGAAUAUAAACAAAAGUUAGAAAAGUCUAUUAAGGCUCAAAAGGCAGAACAUGAUCAAAAGCUAAUUCAACUCGAAGAUAAUUUGGAAAAAGAGAAAAAUAAACAUGAAAAGCACUCAGCUGAUCUUAAACAGAAAUUUGACACCUUACAGCAACAUUUUAAUUUGUUACAGACCAGUAAUGAUGAUCUCACAGAAAGCAAAAUCAAAUUGGAAGAACAGGUAAAAGAAUUACAAGAACAAGUAAAAUCCUUGAAUAAACAAAAGGAAAAUCUCAAGACAAAAAUAAUUUCACAACAGAUGGAAACCGAAAAUUGGGAAAAGAAAUACAAUGAGAACACUUUUAAUAAAAACGAAAGUGAAAGUAAAAUUAAUCACUUGACGAAAGUUAAUUAUGAACUUCAACGAGAACUUAACGGACUAAAACAUAAAGAUACUUUCAAUAACCUGGAGAAUUUUAAACCGAGCGAAGCUUCCUUUAAAGCGAGUUCGAACUCGAAUGCGGCGGGAGAAUCGGGAAAAGCUGUUGGAAAUAUGCCUUCACAAAGCGGCGCUUCGUCAUCGCCGAGUAGCAGAAACGUUUUGAGUCCACAGAGUAGAUCAACUACUAAAUCGGGAAUGAAAAGUUCUGUAGCUAGCAUAAAUGGCGCCAGACCCAUCGGUAUACCCACAGUGACCCCUGAGACUUUAAAGAAACAUGACAUAUUGUUUGAGAUACCCAAACAAAUAUAUGAAAUGCAAAAGAAAAAGGUUCCUGAUGGUGUGGCUCCAAUUCCUGAAUCUAGGGAUAAUAUGGAUCUUGCCUCUAAUGAUGCAACCAAUAAUAGGUAUAGAAUUGCAGUUGAUGGAAACGAACCUGACGUAAAGCCUAAAGAUAUGGAUAUUGAGAAUGGGGCACAUGAAGAGUUUGAUUCUCCAGGUCAGGGGAAAAAUAUUAAAUUAGGCGAUAAUGACGCCGGUUUGAGUUUUAAUGAUGAAACGAUAAAACAAUCACUGAAACAAAACUUUGAAAAACAACACAUUGAUAAUUUGGCCAUGCAUCCCAAAGAUGAGGAAAGACCAGAUUACAAUGAUUUACAAAAUGAUGUUCCUGCAGAUGAAAAUGAUCCUGAAGAUGAUGACGUGCAGGAGGAUGAAUUCGGUGCAAUGCUGCAACACAAAGAACCUGCCAUCAGAAACUAAUGCUUUCUAGCAUUUAACAAUUUAGACAAUAUUUGUAGCAGUGUUAGGGUUAAAAUCAAAUGGUUGUUAUUUCCUUGUAUACUAGCUAAAGUUACUCUUAAACUUGGCAAUUGUCUUUAACCAUAUUUAAUUCAUGAAUGAAUGCAGCAUAUCAUGUAUAAAUUGUAUAUAAAAAGCACGUUGUCAAAUGUACAUUAAUUUUACUUUUAUGGUUUCUGUAAAUCAGUGUGAUAUUUUGUAUUAAAAUAAUCAUACCUAGUAGUAGUUAUGUAUAUAUAUAUUUAAUAUAUAUGAUAUUAUAAUCUAAGCAUACUUAAAGAUGUGACGACUUUAUUUCGAAUAUCAAAUUACACAACACCAACUGAGGUUGUAAUUAGGUUCUUGCCACUGCAUUAAAAAAUGUAUUAUAAUUAUCUUUUGCUUAUGAAGUUGAAUGGUCAAAUUUCUUACAUUUAUAACUUAUGAUUACCACCAGGUUAUUUUUUAUAAAAUUAUUAAAAGGAAAA